AUGCCUUCUUUACUUGACUUCUUCGAGACUCGCCGCCCAUCCGCAAAGCGACAAAAAGUCUCUCAUGAGGUGACCCCCGAAACUCCACCAGCUCGGACUGAUGAUGAAAGCGUCAGGGAACCAUCUCGAAAUUUGAAAUUACCCACUUUGUCCAGGAAAGAUACUGAUUCUAUGGAUGCAGCCGACCUGUCAGUCGGAAAUGAGGACUCGGGUAACCUCAAAAGCAGCCAAACAGACCUAGAAAUAUCACUACCACCGGUCAAAGCUGAUGAGGAAGCAAUCAAAGAAUACGAAACUGCUCGAGCGGCUGAAGUGGAAGAGACAGAACAACUCACACUAGAGCAAAGGCUUGGAGAGAGAAGAUGGCACAAAGGGAGAAGCUCAAUAUAUGUGGACGCAUUCAAUCUAGCACUAGAGACGGUGCUGAAGGAAGAGGCUCAUUUGUUCGAUCAGACGGAGCUGGACGUUUUUUGUAGGUGGAAAGUUCUGAGUUAUGAAGCACAGUAUCUAUAUGUUCGGCUCUUUUUACGCAAGACGGCGGCCUGGCAUCGCAUCAAUCGAUUAGGUUAUUAUCAGGACAUUGCCAAUUUGGAUCAGGCUGUCGCAGAUCUGAGAGAGAUACAUCCUUUUUCUGCCUCGAACACAUCGGUCGCAAGUGAAUUUUCUAUUGAGCUCGGACAACCUGAUGAUACGAAUCGCUUUGGCGAUUCCUUUCGGUUCGCUGAAGGCAUCGAAGAGAUCACUACGUUAGAAGAAGCUUCAUCAUUAUUACUACUUGAUGAACUCAAAGAAAUGGCCAAAGAAGCCAAAGUCCAGGGCAAGAACAAGAAGGAGCUUGUAGCAGCUCUACUCCAGAUCAGCCAAACCCAAACAGGUCUUAGGUGGAAAGCAGGAAAAAACGACAAUAGAGAUCGUCACUUUCACAGUAAGAUUUUGGAGCUUACCGGUGAUUGCAUUCGACUGUCACCAGCUCCGUUGAAGUUGUUUGAAAGGGUGCAUUUGGUCUUUUAUCGCUCAACAGAGUGGACAGAGAAGUCUCUCACCACGAUCAUCUUAGCGAAGAUCUCGCGGAAGCAUUUUCCGAAAUAUGUUGUGUCCCGAUCUAUGGCAAUAUUCCCGUCACGAGCAGCUUUGCUUGAGUUCGAAGCAGCUCUAAGAACACAGUAUGACAUUGACAACAUAUUGGAGUUCAGUGGCACGCCGACAGCACAACGUCUACAAACUAUCAAAGAUCUUAGUGAAAAGGUCUAUCCAAGGUGGCGAUUUCUACUUGAGCAAGAGCAACAAAAGGAGAAUGGUAUAUAUUUCAGCGGGGAAGGUGCUUACUUGCGCCGUUUCUCGCCGGCUUGGGUGUACACACGAAUCGUACAUAAAGGCCUUUACCCACUUGGUCGUUUAAAAGAACAUAAGCGGGAGCAUGAACUCUUGACUGAGCUUCUCGAUCAGAAGCUCUUCCACGCUGCGCGGCGUGGCGCUUGGUACCAGAGAAAAGCUCUGCUGGAAGAACAUUAUCUAUGGGCACUAACACCGAAUGACGGUAGAUCUGACGAGGCUCAGAAAAAGCAUUGGAAAAGAAUUGCCUUGAGCACAUGUGAAGCUGGGCUUCAAGAUCCGGAUUGCCAUGUCAUCUAUCACUAUGACCUUCAGAAGAGAAUCGUCAAACUAGAGAAGUCAUUGAAGAUAGUGAAGCGAGAACAGCACGAUUUUGGGCAUGUGCUUCUCGCCAGACCACUGGAGAGAACCGUAGAGGGAAUUCGUGUUGAGAAAGAAGAGACCCUGUCCCAAGUUGAGUCAAAAGAAAAUGGCGAUAGCCCAGUACCAUCUACGCGCAGGGGCCGUGCUACCGUCUGGAUCGAUGAGCGAGAAAAUGACGAAGAAUGUAGGGUUGAGAAUAUGUGCUUGAGUUGGUACAGAGAGAAUGGUUGGAAGGGCUACCAUUCCGAGGGGGGCAUUGUACGAACACUUUUUGGCUAUCUGUUUUAUGAUAUACUUUUCACCUACGUCCCCAACGUCUUCCAAACCCCCUUCCAGACUUGUCCCUUGGACCUCCAUACAGAUGCCUUUUACCCAUCUCGUGCUUCAGAGAUCAAUCACCGACUGGUUCAACUCGCCAACGGCGAGGCCGAAUCCAUCAUACGCAGAGUCCACGAAAGCGAAUUCCCCAAACAAACCUGUAUCGUCGGCGUAGACUGGACGUACGCACUUGACGACCUCUUAGAAAUUGUGCAGUGCUUCAGCGGUGCGGCCCUGGCAACAGUGUGCAAAGUGAUGGCACAAGAAUACCAGCAGCGAGGAGGCGGUAUCCCUGAUCUUUUCCUCUGGAACCCCGAGAAGAAAGAGGUCAUGUUUUCCGAAGUCAAAUCGGAGAAUGACCGAUUGAGUGAUACACAGCGAUUAUGGAUACAUGUUCUGACGGGUGCAGGUGUCAAGGUAGAAUUGUGUAAUGCCGUGGCGAGGGAGGUCAGAUAUACAUGA